AUGCGCCGCAUGGUCCCGAUGCUUGGAGAUCCCAAGAAUACAUACCUGCUGAUAACGGAAGAAGCCACCAACAAGGCCAUAGCGUUUGUGUGGUGGGCUCACUGUAAGGGCCAGAUGGCAGCCCAGUGGGCUGAGGGGUACAACAACCGAUAUCGCCCACCGACUAUGAAUGGUGCCUUGAUGGAUGCUACGGGAGGAGCACGUUAUCUGAAGCGAGCGAAGCUGCUUGAGGAGAAGGACUUCAUCCAGUUGAAAGAAUUAUAUGUUCUUCCGGACUAUCUGCGUCAGGGGCUCGGAGGCCUGCUAGUAGCGGUUGGUGUUCAUAAAGCAGAUGAGCUUGGCCUACCUGCUUAUACUGAGGCAAGCCCAGAAGGUUUAGGUUUGUAUAUCAAGCAUGGAGUUGAAGAGGUGGAUCGAGUGACAGUUGACCUGGAGCAAUGGGGUGGCCCGAAAGGGGAUUUCAAUUCCUACGGGCUUUUGUAUCGUGAGGUCAGCUUGGUUAGUUGA